AUCUUGACCGUCCUCAUGGCCUGCCUCGUGCAAGCCGUGCCUCUCGAGCGGCGCGAACUAGGGGGUGUAAGUGGACAAACCUUCAGAUACCCGAUAUGGGAUCAACAAACGAGUCUAAAUCUCACGGAUCGCAACAGGUUCUUAUCUGCAACGAAGCCAAUGCCAAAGGCCACUGUGAAUAUGCCGUCUACGAGCUCGAGAAAUGCUACAACCUGCCCGCCGGGCUCAUCAACAACGCGGCUACGUUUGCGCCUGAUGGCGAGGCCUUUUACUGUUAUCCAUACAUAAUGGAAUGCGGCGGGAUCUGCCGCUCACCAACGGGCUGCACCAUGGGAGCCGUGAGUUUCGACUACCCGCACAAGUUCAACCUUACGGCGGUCGGUUGGAACAAGUACAUCACGUCGUUUGACUGCCACCGCAAUACAACGGCGGAAGCAAACCAGUGAAGCACCUUGGUGGUGUCCGAACUCGGCAUUGGCAUCGGUGUUCGGCGUUGGUCGAGGCGGCAGAGGCAGAACGUUGUGGGGCCCCGUUUCAAACCCUCCGUUUACCCCGCCAUCGGCAGUCAAUCGAGGUGGGGUUCCGGCGAUGGCUUUGGCAUUCGGAAGUUA